AUGGCAAUGGAGAUUCAGAGAGAUGCACUGGCAACAGAAGCUCCUAAUGCACCUAUUACUUAUGAAAGACCUGUCCGUGGUGACUUGGAAACCAGACUUCCAAAGCCUUAUAUGGCUAGAGCAUUGCAAGCACCAGACACAGAGUACCCAUAUGGAACUCCUGGUCAUAGGCACAAUGGCUUUAGUGUUCUUCAACAACAUGUUGCCUUUUUCGACUUCGACGAGAAUGGAAUUGUUUAUCCCUGGGAGACUUAUACUGGACUGCGUGCAAUUGGUUUCAAUGUGAUUGCCUCUCUUGUUAUAGCAGUUAUCAUCAACGCUGCUUUAAGUUAUGUUACUCUCCCAGGAUGGUUUCCUUCUCCUUUGUUUCCUAUAUACAUACACAACAUACACAAAGCUAAGCAUGCGAGUGAUUCAGGAACGUAUGAUGCCGAAGGAAGGUUCAUGCCAGUGAAUCUUGAAUACAUUUUCAGCAAGUAUGCUCAUACAGUGCCCGAUAAGCUAACAUUGAAGGAGAUCUGGGACAUGACCGAGGGCAAUCGGGUUGCAUUCGACCUCAUUGGCUGGAUUGGAAAUAAGUUCGAGUGGGGACUUCUGUAUGUUCUUGCCAGGGAUGAGGAUGGUCUCCUUUCAAAAGAAGCCGUAAGACGAUGUUUCGAUGGUAGUUUGUUUGAAUAUUGUGCUAAAAUGUACACUCUUGGGGAAUACAAGACAGAAUAA